GAGAACUACGAGAACGUGACCUCGCUGGAGUUUCCAGUUUUCACACCUGAUGUGAUCUCCCAUCUGGAACAAGACAAAGAGCCGUGGGUCCCAGAUCUCCAUGAUUCAGAGGAAAGCGAGAUCCUGAGCGGGACCUGCCCAAGGGAGGAAUCAUCCAGCCAAUUCGAAACCGGUUCGUGGCUGAAGGAAACAGCUGGGAUUCCCGACAGAGACCUUGGGAGUUCUCCGAGUUCAGGAUUGUCCUCAGCAGGUGAUGUGAUGCUGAGUGAGAAGGAGGAGCACCAACCUCAGCAGGAAGAUGCUGAGCAAGACGAACCACCCAGGGCAUUAUUGCAAAUAUCUGAGGAGGAGGAUUCCAGGAGUCAUGAGCAGAGAGAAGGUCGUCAGAGUCAGCACAGGCCAGAGAAAAAGCAGGGAAACCAGCCAGGGAAGAAAUUGAAUAAAUCCAUUAAUAGUUGGGGACCUCACAGAUACGUCAAGGAAACCGCAGCCCAGCCGAAAAUCCAGGCAGGAGAGAGAAACAACACAUGCCCCGAGUGUGGGAAAAAUUUCAGUAGGCACUCAGUUCUUCUUAAACAUCAGAGCACCCACACAGGGGAAAGACCCUACGAAUGCCGCGAGUGUGGGAAAACCUUCACUCAGAGAUCGUCCCUUAUUAAACAUCGGCGAAUACACACGGGAGAGAGGCCCUAUGGGUGCUGUGAGUGUGGGAAAAGCUUCACUCAGAGAUCAACCCUUAUUAAACAUCGGAGGAUACACACGGGAGAGAGACCCUAUGCGUGCUGUGAGUGCGGGAAAAGCUUCACUCAGAGAUCAUCCCUCAUUACACAUCAGAGGAUCCACACGGGGGCACAAUCCUACGCGUGUGCUGAAUGCGGAGAAAGCUUCACCCGACGCUCAAACCUGAUUGUGCAUCGGCGAAUCCACACCGGAGAGAGACCCUACCAAUGCUGCGAGUGUGCAAAAAACUUCACCAAUAGCUCCUCGCUUAUGAAACAUCAGCGGAUCCACACGGGAGCCAGACCUUACGAAUGCCGCGAGUGUGGGAAAACCUUCACUCGCAGCUCGCACCUCAUCGCACAUCAGAGAAUCCACACAGGAGAGAGACCCUAUGAAUGCGGCGAGUGUGGGAAAAGCUUCACGGAUAGUUCAGACCUUAUUAAGCAUCAGAGGAUCCACACGGGAGAGAGACCCUACGAAUGCGCCGAGUGCGGAAAAAGCUUCAUGGACAGCUCAGACCUUACUAAGCAUCAGCGAAUCCACACGGGAGAAAGACCCUAUGAAUGCAGCGAGUGCGGGAAAACCUUCACUCACAGCUCAGCCCUUCUGACGCAUCAGAGAAUCCACACCGGCGAGAGACCCCACGAGUGCUGCGAGUGCGGGAAACGCUUCACUCAGAGCUCGGACCUAAUUAAACAUCAGAGAAUCCACACCGGCGAGCGACCCUACAGAUGCGGCGAGUGCGGGAAAAGCUUCACUUGGCGCUCGAGCCUAAUCACGCAUCAGAGAUUCCACACAGACGAGAGACCCUAUGGCUGCCGUGAGUGCGGGAAAAGAUUCUUUGUCAGCUCAGCGCUCCGGGAACAUCAGAGAAUCCACAUUGGAGCCAGACCGUAUCAGUGCGGUGAGUGCGGGAAAAACUUCACUCGCAGCUCGAACCUCAUUAGACAUCAGAGGCUCCACCCGGCCUAGAGACACUCUCGAUGCUCUGAGUGUGGGAAAAGCUUCUAGCAGAACUCAGCGCUUACUUCUCAUCGUAGAAUCCACACAGGGGAGAAGGCCUACACAUGCUCUGAGUGUGGGAAAAGAUUCAAUCAUCACUCUGCACUUAUCACACAUCAGAGAAUCCACACAGGGGAGACGCUCUACACGUGCUCUGAGUGUGGGAAAAGCUUCGGGCAGAGCUCUCACCUUAUCACACAUCAGAGAAUCCACACAAGAGAGACACCUUACACAUGCUCUGAAUGUGGGAAAAGGUUCAAUCAGCGCUCAAACCUUCUCACACAUCAGAGAAUCCACACAGAAGAGAUGCCCUACACGUGCUCUGAGUGUGGGAAAAGCUUCAGUCAGCACUCACACCUUAUCAGACAUCAGAGAAUCCACACAGGAGAGCAGCCCUACACAUGCUCUGAGUGUGGGAAAAGGUUCAAUCAGCGCUCAAACCUUAUCACACAUAGGAAAAUCCACAUGGGUGAGAAAUCUUAUGGAUGCUCUGAGUGUGGGAAAUGUUUCCUUAAUCGUUCAGACCUCAUCUUACAUCAGAGAAUCCACACAGGGGAGAAGCCCUACACAUGCUCUGAGUGCGGGAAAAGCUUCAAUAGCCACUCAGCCCUUAUAACAAGCAACAGAAUCAACUUGGAAGAGACACACUACACAUGCCAUGAGUGUGGGGAAAGCUUCAAUUGGAGCUCACACCUUAUCAGACAUCAGAGAAUCCACACAGGGGAGAACCCUUAUGAAUGCUCUGAGUGUGGGAAAUGCUUCAUCGAUAGUUCAGCCCUCAUCUCACAUCAGCGAAUCCACACAGGAGAAGCGCCCCACACAUGCUCAGAGUGCGGGAAAAGCUUUAGUCGGAGCUCUACCCUGAACACACAUCAUAGAAUCCACACCGGGGAGAAGCCCUACACAUGCUCUGAGUGUGGGAAAAGCUUCAAGCACCGCUCUGCCCUUAUCACACAUGGAAUAAUCCACACAGGAGAGAAGCCCUACACGUGCGCUGAGUGCGGGAAAAGCUUCAAUCGGAACUCACACGUUAUCACACAUCAGAGAAUCCACACAGGAGAGAAGCCCUACACAUGUGCUGAGUGCGGGAAAAGCUUCAGUCAUCGCUCUUCCCUUAUCAUACAUCGGAGAAUCCACACGGGAGAGACGCCCUACACGUGCUCUGAGUGUGGGAAAAGCUUCAAUCGGAGCUCACACCUUAUCAGACAUAGGAAAAUCCACAUGGGUGAGAAAUCUUAUGGAUGCUCUGAGUGUGGGAAAUGUUUCUUUAAUCGUUCAGACCUCAUCUUACAUCAGAGAAUCCACACAGGGGAGAAGCCCUACACAUACUCUGAGUGCAGGAAAAGCUUCAAACAGCACUCAAGCCUCAUGAGACAUCAGAAAAGCCACAUGAGAGAGAACUGUAAUAAAUGCACAGAGUGUGGAAAAAACUUAUGUGACUACUCAGCCCUUCUUAAUCAUCAGAGAAUCCACACAGGGGAAAGGCCCUAUGAAUGCUGUGAGUGUGGGAAAACCUUCAAUCGCAGAUCAGACCUUUCUGAACAUCAGAGAAUCCACACAGGGGACAGGCCCUACGAAUGCCGUGAGUGUGGGAAAACCUUCAAUCGCAGAUCAGCCCUUUCUGUUCAUCAGAGAAUCCACACAGGGGACAGGCCCUACGAAUGCUGUGAGUGUGGGAAAACCUUCACUAGCAGCUCACACCUUUUUAGACAUCAGAGAAUCCACACAGGGGACAGGCCCUACGAAUGCAGUGAGUGUGGGAAAAGCUUCACUAGCAGCUCAAACCUUUCUCAACAUCAGAGAAUCCACACAGGGGACAGGCCCUACGAAUGCCGUGAGUGUGGGAAAACCUUCAAUCGCCGAUCAGACCUUUCUAAACAUCAGAGAAUCCACAAAGGGGACAGGCCCUACGAAUGCCGUGAGUGUGGGAAAACCUUCACUAGCAGCUCACACCUUUUUAGACAUCAGAGAAUCCACACGGGGGACAGGCCCUACGAAUGCAGUGAGUGUGGGAAAAGCUUCACUAGCAGCUCAAACCUUUCUCAACAUCAGAGAAUCCACACAGGGGACAGGCCCUACGAAUGCCGUGAGUGUGGGAAAACCUUCAGUCGCAGCUCAGCCCUUUCUAAACAUCAGAGAAUCCACAAAGGGGACAGGCCCUACGAAUGCCGUGAGUGUGGGAAAACCUUCACUAGCAGCUCACACCUUUUUAGACAUCAGAGAAUCCACACGGGGGACAGGCCCUACGAAUGCAGUGAGUGUGGGAAAAGCUUCACUAGCAGCUCAAACCUUUCUCAACAUCAGAGAAUCCACACAGGGGACAGGCCCUACGAAUGCCGUGAGUGUGGGAAAACCUUCAGUCGCAGCUCAGACGUUUCUAAACAUCAGAGAAUCCACAUGGGGGACAGGCCCUACGAAUGCAGUGAGUGUGGGAAAAGCUUCACUAGCAGCUCAGACCUUUCUAAACAUCAGAGAAUCCACACGGGGGAAAGGCCCUACGAAUGCCGUGAGUGUGGGAAAAGCUUCACUCAAAGAUCAAACCUUUCUGUUCAUCAGAGAAUCCACACAGGGGACCGGCCCUACAAAUGCAGUGAGUGUGGGAAAACCUUCUCUUGGCACUCACAUGUAACUCACUCCCAGCUACACACACAGGAGAACCCCAGAAAAUGCCCUGAGUGUGGGAAAAACUUCAUUCACGGAUCAAACCUUUCUGUUCAUCUGAGAAUCCACACAGGGGAGAGACCCUACAAAUGCAGUGAGUGUGGGAAAACCUUCAAUCGCAGCUCACACCUUAUUGCCCAUCAGAAAAUCCACACAGGGGAUAGGCCCUAUAAAUGCUGUGAGUGUGGAAAAUGCUUCACUGAGAGUUCAGACCUUUCUGUACAUCAGAGAAUCCACACAGGGGAGAGGCCCUACAAAUGCAGUGAGUGUGGGAAAACCUUCAAUCGCAGUUCGGACCUUAUUAGGCAUCAAACAAUCCACACAGGGGACAGGCCCUACGAAUGCAGUGAAUGUGGAAAAUGCUUCACUAGCAGCUCAAACCUUUCUCAACAUCAGAGAAUCCACACAGGGGAGAGGCCCUACGAAUGCCGUGAGUGUGGGAAAACCUUCACUUACAAAUCAGGCCUUUCUAGACAUCAGAGAAUCCACACAGGUGACAGGCCCUACGAAUGCAGAGAGUGUGGAAAAACCUUCUCUUACAAAUCAGGCCUUUCUAGACAUCAGAGAAUCCACACAGGGGACAGGCCCUACUAAUGCAGAGAGUGUGGGAAAACCUUCACUCUCAGAUCCGACCUUAUUAGGCAUCAGAGAAUCCACACAGGGGACAGGCCCUAUGAAUGCAGAGAGUGUGGGAAAACCUUCACUCAAAUAUCAGUCUUUUCUCAACAUCAGAGAAUCCACACAGGGGACAGGCCCUAUGAAUGCAGUGAGUGUGGGAAAACCUUCAAUCGCAGAUCAGGCCUUUCUAGACAUCAGAGAAUCCACACAGGGGACAGGCCCUAUGUAUGCAGUGAGUGUGGGAAAACGUUCACUCAAAGUUCAGCCCUUUCUGUUCAUCAGAGAAGCCACACAGAUGAGAGGCCCUAUGAAUGCAGAGAGUGUAGGAAAACCUUCACUCACAGAUCAACCCUUUCUGUUCAUCAGAGGAUCCACAGAGGGGAAAGGCCCUAUGUAUGCAGUGAGUGUGGGAAAACGUUCACUCAAAGUUCAGCCCUUUCUCUUCAUCAGAGAAUCCACACAGGGGAGAGGCCCUAUGAAUGCAGAGAGUGUGGGAAAACCUUCAAUCACCGCUCACACCUUAUUACCCAUCAGAGACUCCACACAGGGGAGAGGCCCUAUAAAUGCUGUGAGUGUGGAAAAUGCUUCACGAAGAGUUCAGCCCUUUCUCAGCAUCAGAGAAUCCACACAGGGGAGAGGCCCUAUGAAUGCCAUGAGUGUGGGAAAACCUUCUCUUGUUAUGGGGCCCUUAUUCGACAUGAGAUAAUCCACACGAAAGAGAGACCCUACGAAUGCUGUGAGUGUGGGAAAAGCUUCAAUCAUACCUCAGCCCUUAGUAGGCAUCAGCGAAUACACAGAGGAGACAAACCCUAUGAAUGCUGUGAGUGCGGGAAAAGCUUCACUCAGAGAUAUACCCUUAACUCUCAUCAGAAAAUCCACACAGAAGAGCGACCCUACGAAUGCCACGAGUGCGGGGAAAGCUUCAGUCAGCGCUCACUCCUUAUCACACAUCAGAGAAUCCACACAGGAGAGAAGCCCUACACAUGCUCUGAAUGCGGGAAAAGCUUCAGUCAUCGCUCUGCCCUCAUCAGACAUCAGAGAAUCCACACAGGAGAGACGCCCUACACAUGCGCUGAGUGUGGGAAAAGCUUCAAGCAGCGCUCAAACCUUAUCACACAUCAGAGAAUCCACACAGGGGAGACGCCCUACACGUGCUCUGAGUGCGGGAAAAGCUUCCGUCGGCGCUCAAACCUUAUCACACAUCAGAGAAUCCACACAGGGGAGAUGCCCUAUACAUGCGCUGAGUGCGGGAAAAGCUUCCGUCUGCGCUCAAGCCUUAUCACACAUCAGAGAAUCCACACAGGGGAGACGCCCUACACGUGCGCUGAGUGUGGGAAAAGCUUCAAUCGGCGCUCACACGUUAUCACACAUCAGAGAAUCCACACUGGGGAGAUGCCCUACACAUGCGCUGAGUGCGGGAAAAGCUUCAGUCAGCGCUCUGCCCUUAUCACACAUCAGAGAAUCCACACAGGAGAGACGCCCUACACAUGCGCUGAGUGUGGGAAAAGCUUCAAGCAGCGCUCAAACCUUAUCACACAUCAGAGAAUCCACACAGGGGAGACGCCGUACACGUGCUCUGAGUGCGGGAAAAGUUUCAGUCAGCACUCAAGCCUUAUCACACAUCAGAGAAUCCACACAGGGGAGAUGCCCUAUACAUGCGCUGAGUGCGGGAAAAGCUUCCGUCUGCGCUUAAGCCUUAUCACACAUCAGAGAAUCCACACAGGGGAGACACCCUACACAUGCGCUGAGUGCGGGAAAAGCUUCAGUCAGCGCUCAGUCCUUAUCACACAUCAGAGAAUCCACACAGGGGAGAUGCCCUACACGUGCUCUGAGUGUGGGAAAAGCUUCAGUCUGCGCUCAAACCUUAUCACACAUCAGAGAAUCCACACAGGAGAGACGCCCUACACAUGCGCUGAGUGCGGGAAAAGCUUCAGUCGGCGCUCAAACCUUAUCACACAUCAGAGAAUCCACACAAGGGAGAUGCCCUAUAUAUGUGCUUAGUGCGGGAAAAGCUUCCGUCUGCGCUCAAGCCUUAUCACACAUCAGAGAAUCCACACAGGGGAGACGCCCUACACAUGCGCUGAGUGUGGGAAAAGCUUCAAGCAGCGCUCAAACCUUAUCACACAUCAGAGAAUCCACACAGGGGAGAUGCCCUACACGUGCUCUGAGUGCGGGAAAAGCUUCCGUCUGCGCUCAAGCCUUAUCACACAUCAGAGAAUCCACACAGGGGAGACGCCCUACACAUGCGCUGAAUGGGGGAAAAGCUUCAGUCUGCGCUCAAAGCUUAUUACACAUCAGAGAAUCCACACAGGAGAGAGGCCCUACACAUGCUCUGAGUGCGGGAAAAGCUUCAGUCAGCGCUCACACCUUAUCACACAUCAGAGAAUCCACACAGGGGAGACGCCGUACACGUGCUCUGAGUGCGGGAAAAGCUUCAGUCAGCGCUCAAGCCUUAUCACACAUCAGAGAAUCCACACAGGGGAGACGCCCUACACGUGCGUUGAGUGCGGGAAACGUUUCAUUGAGCACUCAGACUUUGUCAGACAUCGUAGAAUCCACAAUGGAGAGAGACCCUACACGUGUAGUGAGUGUGGGAAAAACUUCCAUUACCGCUCAGCCCUUAUUCGACAUGAGAUAAUCCACACGAAAGAGAGACCCUACGAAUGCUGUGAGUGUGGGAAAAGCUUCAAUCGUACCUCAGCCCUUAGUAGGCAUCAGCAAAUACACAGAGGAGAAAGACCCUAUGAAUGCUGUGAGUGCGGGAAAAGCUUCACUCAGAGAUAUACCCUUAACUCUCAUCAGAGAAUCCACACAGAAGAGCGACCCUACGAAUGCUGCAAGUGCAGGAAAAGCUUCACUCAGAGAUCAGCCCUUAUCUCUCAUCAGACAACGCACACGGGAGAGAAACCCUAUGAAUGUUGCGAGUACGGGAAAAGCUUCUCUCGGAGCUCAACCCUUGUUACACAUUACAGAGUCCACACCAGAGAGAGACCAUAUGAAUGCUGCGAGGAGUGUGGAAAAACCUUCUCUCACAGCUCAGCCCUUUCUGUACAUCAGAGAAUCCACACAGGGGAGAGGCCCUUUGAAUGCCGUGAGUGUGGGAAAUGCUUCACUAGCAGCUCAAACCUUUCUCAACAUCAGAGAAUCCACACAGGGGAGAGGCCCUUUGAAUGCAGUGAGUGUGGGAAAAGCUUCACUAGCAGCUCAGACCUUUCUCAACAUCAGAGAAUCCACACAGGGGAGAGGCCCUUUGAAUGCCGUGAGUGUGGGAAAUGCUUCACUAGCAGCUCAAACCUUUCUAGACAUCAGAGAAUCCACACAGGGGACAGGCCCUUUGAAUGCCGUGAGUGUGGGAAAACCUUCAAUCGCAGUUCGCACCUUAUUAGGCAUCAAACAAUCCGAGGAGAGAGGCCCUAUGAAUGCCGUGAGUGUGGGAAAUGCUUCACUAGAUUUUAUAUCGUUAUCACACAUCAGAGAAUCCACACAGGAGAGAAGCCCUACACAUGCUCUGAGUGCGGGAAAAGCUUCAGUCACCGCUCUGCCCUCAUCAGACAUCAGAGAAUCCACACAGGAGAGACGCCCUACACAUGUUCUGAGUGCGGGAAAAGCUUCAGUCAGCACUCACACCUUAUCACACAUCAGAGAAUCCACACAGGAGAGAAGCCCUACACAUGCUGUGAGUGCGGGAAAAGCUUCAGUCAGUGCUCUUCCCUUAUCACACAUCAGAGAAUCCACACAGGAGAGAAGCCCUACACAUGCGUUGAAUGCGGGAAAAGCUUCAAUCGGAGCUCAAACCUUAUCACACACCAGGGAAUCCACACAGGGGAGAAGCCCUACACGUGCUGUGAGUGCGGGAAAAGCUUCAGUCAGCGCUCUGCCCUUAUCACACAUCAGAGAAUCCACACAGGAGAGAUGCCGUACACAUGCGCUGAGUGUGGGAAAAGCUUCAAUCGACGCUCAAACCUUAUCACACACCAGAGAAUCCACACAGGAGAGAAGCCCUACAUGUGCUCUGAGUGCGGGAAAAGCUUCGGGUGGAGCUCUGACCUUAUCAGACAUGAGAGAAUCCACACAUGAGAGAUCCCCUACACAUGCUCUGAGUGCGGGAAGAGUUUCAUUGAGCACUCAGAUUUUGUCAGACAUCGUAGAAGCCACAGUGGAGAGAGACCCUGUACAUGCACUGAGUGUGGGAAAAUUUUCACUCACAGAUCAGACCUUUCUAGACAUCAGAGAAUCCACACAGGGGAAAGACCCUAUGAAUGCCGUGAGUGCGGGAAAACCUUCAAUCGCAGUUCGCACCUUAUUAGGCAUCAAACAAUCCACAGAGGAGAGAGGCCCUAUGAAUGCUGUGAGUGUGGAAAAUGCUUCACUAGCAGCUCAGACCUUUCUCAACAUCAGAGAAUCCACACAGGGGAGAGGCCCUAUGAAUGCCGUGAGUGUGGGAAAAGCUUCACUUACAGAUCAGGCCUUUCUAGACAUCAGAGAAUGCACACAGGGGAGAGGCCCUAUGAAUGCCGUGAGUGUGGGAAAAUUUUCACUUACAGAUCAGACCUUUCUAGACAUCAGAGGAUCCACACGGGGGAAAGACCCUAUGAAUGCCGUGAGUGUGGGAAAACCUUCAAUCGCAGCUCGCACCUUAUUAGUCAUCAAACAACCCACACAGGGGACAGGCCCUAUGUAUGCAGUGAGUGUGGGAAAACGUUCACUCAAAGAUCAGCCCUUCCUGCUCAUCAGAGAAUCCACACAGGGGACAGGCCCUAUGAAUGCAGUGAGUGCGGGAAAACCUUCAAUCACUGCUCAAACCUUAUUACCCAUCAGAGAAUCCACACAGGGGACAGGCCCUAUGAAUGCAGUUUGUGUGGGAAAUCCUUCAAUCGCAGCUCAACCCUUGUUAGCCAUCAGAGAAUCUGCAAGGGAGAUAAACAUUAGACAAACUACACAUGCCAUGAGUGCGGGAAAAGCUUCACUCGGCGCUCAUACCUUAUCACACAUCAGAGAAUCCACACAGGGGAGACGCCCUACACGUGCGCUGAGUGCGGGAAAAGCUUCAGUUGGCGCUCAGUCCUUAUCACACAUCAGAGAAUCCACACAGGGGAGACGCCCUACACGUGCGCUGAGUGCGGGAAAAGCUUCAGUCGGCGCUCAGUCCUUAUCAGACAUCAGAGAAUCCACACAGGGGAGACGCCCUACACGUGCGCUGAGUGCGGGAAAAGCUUCAGUUGGCGCUCAGUCCUUAUCACACAUCAGAGAAUCCACACAGGGGAGACGCCCUACACGUGCGCUGAGUGCGGGAAAAGCUUCAGUCGGCGCUCAGUCCUUAUCACACACCAGAGAAUCCACAUAGGGGAGACGCCCUACACGUGCGCUGAGUGCGGGAAAAGCUUCACUUGGCGCUCAAAUCUUAUCAGACAUCAGAGAAUCCACACAGGGGAGACGCCCUACACGUGCUCUGAGUGCGGGAAAAGCUUCAGUCGGCGCUCACACCUUAUCAGACAUCAGAGAAUCCACACAGGAGAGCAGCCUUACACGUGCGCUGAGUGCGGGAAAAGCUUCAGUCGGCGCUCACACCUUAUCAGACAUCAGAGAAUCCACACAGGAGAGACGCCCUACACGUGCGCUGAGUGCGGGAAAAGCUUCAGUCAGAGCUCAAACCUUAUCACACAUCAGAGAAUCCACACAAGAGAGAUGCCUUACACAUGCUCUGAGUGCGGGAAAAGCUUCAGUCAGCGCUCAAGCCUUGUCACACAUCAAAGAAUCCACACAUGAGAGAUACCCUACACAUGCUCUGAGUGCGGGAAAACUUUCAUUGAGCACUCAGACUUUGUCAGACAUCGUAGAAUCCACAGUGGAGAGAGACCCUACACAUGCUCUGCAUUUGGGAAAAGCUUCACAAGCAAAACAAAAAAAUUACUUCAUCAGAGAAUCAACUUGGAAGAGACAAACUACACAUGCCACGAGUGCGGGGAAAGCUUCAGUCAGCGCUCACACCUUAUCACACAUCAGAGAAUCCACACAGGGGAGCUGCCCUACACGUGCGCGGAGUGCGGGAAAAGCUUCAGUCGGCGCGCAAGCCUUAUCAGACAUCAGAGAAUCCACACAGGAGAGACGCCCUACACGUGCUCUGAGUGCGGGAAAAGCUUCAGUCGUUGCUCAAACCUUAUCACACAUCAGAGAAUCCACACAGGGGAGACGCCCUACACGUGCGCUGAGUGCGGGAAAAGCUUCAGUUGGCGCUCAAGCCUUAUCACACAUCAGAUAAUCCACACAGGGGAGACGCUCUACACGUGCUCUGAGUGCGGGAAAAGCUUCAGUCGGCGCUCACACCUUAUCAGACAUCAGAGAAUCCACACAGGAGAGCUGCCCUACACGUGCUCUGAGUGCGGGGAAAGUUUCGGGCGGAGCUCAAACCUUAUCACACAUCAGAGAAUCCACACAGGGGAGACGCCCUACACGUGCGCUGAGUGCGGGAAAAGCUUCAGUCGGCGCUCACACCUUAUCAGACAUCAGAGAAUUCACACUGGAGAGCUGCCCUACACGUGCUCUGAGUGCGGGGAAAGUUUUGGGCGGAGCUCAAACCUUAUCACACAUCAGAGAAUCCACACUGGGGAGACGCCCUACACGUGCGCUGAGUGCGGGAAAAGCUUCAGUUGGCGCUCAAACCUUAUCAGACAUCAGAGAAUCCACACAUGAGAGACGCCCUACACAUGCGCUGAGUGCGGGAAAAGUUUCAUUGAGCACUCAGACUUUGUCAGACAUCGUAGAAUCCACAGUGGAGAGAGACCCUACACAUGCCACGAGUGCGGGGAAAGCUUCAGUCAGCGCUCACUCCUUAUCACACAUCAGAGAAUCCACACAGGAGAGAAGCCCUACACAUGCUCUGAAUGCGGGAAAAGCUUCAGUCAUCGCUCUGCCCUCAUCAGACAUCAGAGAAUCCACACAGGAGAGACGCCCUACACAUGCGCUGAGUGUGGGAAAAGCUUCAAGCAGCGCUCAAACCUUAUCACACAUCAGAGAAUCCACACAGGGGAGACGCCCUACACGUGCGCUGAGUGUGGGAAAAGCUUCAAUCGGCGCUCACACGUUAUCACACAUCAGAGAAUCCACACUGGGGAGAUGCCCUACACAUGCGCUGAGUGCGGGAAAAGCUUCAGUCAGCGCUCUGCCCUUAUCACACAUCAGAGAAUCCACACAGGAGAGACGCCCUACACAUGCGCUGAGUGUGGGAAAAGCUUCAGUCAGCGCUCAGUCCUUAUCACACAUCAGAGAAUCCACACAGGGGAGACGCCGUACACGUGCUCUGAGUGCGGGAAAAGUUUCAGUCAGCACUCAAGCCUUAUCACACAUCAGAGAAUCCACACAGGGGAGAUGCCCUAUACAUGCGCUGAGUGCGGGAAAAGCUUCCGUCUGCGCUUAAGCCUUAUCACACAUCAGAGAAUCCACACAGGGGAGACACCCUACACAUGCGCUGAGUGCGGGAAAAGCUUCAGUCAGCGCUCAGUCCUUAUCACACAUCAGAGAAUCCACACAAGAGAGAGGCCUUACACGUGCGCUGAGUGCCAGAAAAGCUUCAGUUAUCGCUCUGCCCUCAUCAGACAUCAGAGAAUCCACACAGGAGAGACGCCCUACACAUGCGCUGAGUGUGGGAAAAGCUUCAGUCUGCGCUCAAACCUUAUCACACAUCAGAGAAUCCACACAGGGGAGAAGCCCUACACGUGCUCUGAGUGCGGGAAAAGCUUCAGUCGGCGCUCAAACCUUAUCACACAUCAGAGAAAUCACACUGGGGAGAUGCCCUACACAUGCGCUGAGUGCGGGAAAAGCUUCAGUCAGCGCUCACACCUUAUCACACAUCAGAGAAUCCACACAGGGGAGACGCCGUACACGUGCUCUGAGUGCGGGAAAAGUUUCAGUCAGCACUCAAGCCUUAUCACACAUCAGAGAAUCCACACAGGGGAGAUGCCCUAUACAUGCGCUGACUGCGGGAAAAGCUUCCGUCUGCGCUUAAGCCUUAUCACACAUCAGAGAAUCCACACAGGGGAGACACCCUACACAUGCGCUGAGUGCGGGAAAAGCUUCAGUCAGCGCUCAGUCCUUAUCACACAUCAGAGAAUCCACACAAGAGAGAGGCCUUACACGUGCGCUGAGUGCCGGAAAAGCUUCAGUUUUCGCUCUGCCCUCAUCAGACAUCAGAGAAUCCACACAGGAGAGACGCCCUACACAUGCGCUGAGUGUGGGAAAAGCUUCAGUCUGCGCUCAAUCCUUAUCACACAUGAGAGAAUCCACACAGGGGAGACGCCCUACACAUGCUCUGAGUGCGGGAAAAGCUUCAGUCUGCGCUCAAAGCUUAUUACACAUCAGAGAAUCCACACAGGAGAGAGGCCCUACACAUGCUCUGAGUGCGGGAAAAGCUUCAGUCAGCGCUCAAGCCUUAUCACACAUCAGAGAAUCCACACAGGGGAGACGCCUUACACGUGCUCUGAGUGCGGGAAAAGCUUCAGUCAGCGCUCAAGCCUUCUCACACAUCAGAGAAUCCACACAGGGGAGACGCCCUAUACAUGCGCUGAGUGCGGGAAAAGCUUCAGUCUGCGCUCAAACCUUAUCACACAUCAGAGAAUCCACACAAGGGAGACACCCUACACGUGCUCUGAGUGCGGGAAACGCUUCAGUCGGCGCUCACACCUUAUCACACAUCAGAGAAUCCACACAGGGGAGACGCCCUAUACAUGCACUGAGUGCGGGAAAAGCUUCAGUUGGUGCUCAAGCCUUAUCACACAUCAGAGAGUCCACACAGGGGAGACGCCCUACACGUGCUCUGAGUGCGGGAAAAGCUUCAAUCAGCGCUCACACCUUAUCACACAUCAGAGAAUCCACACAGGAGAGAAGGCCUACACAUGCGCUGAGUGCGGGAAAAGCUUCAAUCGGCGCUCACACCUUAUCAGACAUCAGAGAAUCCACACAGGAGAGAAGGCCUACAAAUGCGCUGAGUGCGGGAAAAGCUUCAGUCAGCGCUCAAUCCUUAUCACACAUCAGAGAAUCCACACAGGAGAGACGCCCUACACAUGCGCUGAGUGCGGAAAAAGCUUCAGUCGGCGCUCAAGCCUUAUCACACAUCAGAGAAUCCACACAGGAGAGACGCCCUACACGUGCGCUGAGUGCGAGAAAAGCUUCAGUCGGCGCUCACACCUUAUUAGACAUCAGAGAAUCCACACAUGA